AUGGAUUCCGUUGGGACUUUGAUUGCCAAUGUAUCAACAGCUUGUAUAAUGGCUGCCCUUGCCAGUGUGAAGAGUGCGCUUGGAGAGAGGUCAAAACAGCUACCAAAGAUGAAAGAGCCACGAGUUUUGCCAAAAGUGUGUAAGGAAAAAAUCAGAAACAUCAUUGGUCAGCAUUAUUCCAAGCCUAAGGCCACUCAACCAGAGAUGGUGGUGAUUGAAUAA